UUUAAAAUGUGAUAUAACAUUGCAUUAUUAUUUGAAUAAUAAGCUAAAAAAUUUAGAUGUUGAAUUAAAUAUUAUUUGCUUAAUAUUUAUUUAAUAUUAGUAUAACACAAUUAUUAAAGAUUAUCCCAUGCUAUUCAGUAUAAAUUUUAUAUUUAAUUAAAUUAAAAAUAAUAAUUAUAAUAAUAAAAAUUCAUUAUAAUACGAUUCUAUACUAUAAAAGUAUUGUAAUAUAUUGGGAAGCAAAUAUGGGAAUGUGUGGGAUUGGUUACUUAAAAUUAAAAUGUAUUGAUAUUUUCAUGUUUAUUAAUCUGAUUUGGAUUGUAACCAUCUGACUGCUGUUUAGUGGGUGCUUCAAUUUUUCUACUCGCUGCAUUCUGAGUUUUUCAUUUAACCGUCGGUUGUUAAAAAAAAAGUGUACUGUCCUUUGAAUGAAAAGAGUUAAAAGAUUAAACUUUUGGUUUAAGUGUGUGUGACAAAAAAUAAGUUACUUAAAUUUUUAGCAUAUUAAAAUGAAAUAAUAAUCAUGAAUGAAUAAAGAACAAUCAAUUUCAUGUGCUAAUCUGAAAACUUUAAAAUAUUACUCGUGUUAAGUUUAAAAAUUGUAGUAUUUAGAUAUAAGGUACUUAUACUUUUAAUAUUAUUCCUAUUAAUUGUUAUAAUUGUUUUACUUCUAGGUGAACCUAUUUACUUGGAACAAACAUGAACAGUAUCUAUACAGUAAAAACAUAUUUUAAUUUAUAAUGUUUUAAUAUUUUGUUAAAUGAAAGCAUUUUAUGAUAUAUUCUUAUUGCCCGUAAAAAGUGGUAAAGAUGAAACAUUCAAAAAGUAUGCUAUACAAGAUUUGUCAUUUUUAAAUGGUACUCAUUUGGUUAAUGGAGAAGAAGAAAUUCAUUGCCCCAACAGAUGCGGUCGUAAGUAUAAGCAUAAAGGCAGUGUAGCGAGACACUUGAAGUAUGAAUGUGGAGUGAAUCCUAAAUUCCAAUGUGUUAUUUGCCGCAAGCCUUUCAAGCAACGUAUCAAUCACAAGAUACAUAUGAUUAGAAUACAUAACUGUGUCAUGUAAAUGAUGACAGUAUAUUAUAUAAAUUGUUUAUUUAUAAAUUUAUAUUUAUUAAUUAUUGAAUAUCUAUUAUGCCGUAUAUUUAAAAUGAUUUUAACUGUUUUGCCAUGAAAUAAACUUUAUCUUAUUAUUA